AUGAUUUUCGGGGAAGAUAUUGGACCGCAGGACUCGGUGGCCGUGUCAUGUGGAAGCACUAACAUGGUCAACGACACGCCCAAAGAGGCCCUUGUGCUGCAGCGACGUGGCCGAUGGGUCAUGAAGCUGGCAGUUGCCCUUUUUCUCAGCGGAAAGGAUCUACAAAGUGAGGGGGAGCUUUCCAUCAUGCACAGCGAAAUUUGGAGUUACGCCGCGCUCGGCAAUGAGGCGGUACGUCGCGGGUACGUUCCGUUAGGCACACCGGUGGCAGGGGCACAGUCCGUAUGGAAGCGAAAGCUCGGUGAGUUGUGGUUGGAAAAAGGUUUUGAACCUUGUAUGAUUCAACUGGAGCCAUACUUUCAGCAAGAGUUUGAACGACUGUUGGCGAAGGGGAUUCUGAAACCGCAAUCGGGCACAGAAAAGGAUAGUAAUUGCAGUGCAGUACGUCCAGUUGACACACCGGAACCUGCGAGACUUUCUUCACGAAACAACGGAGCUGUGGAGGAGUUCGCAAAGCCGUUAGCGAGCCUAUAUGAGGCCUCCUUGCGAUAUCUGCGUAAUGUGGGUAUGAAGACGACCGCAUCAACAAAUGGAUGGGUCAGCGCUGAGGAGCUCUACUCAUACUUAAAAGACCGCAAGCACAGUCUAAUAGUGAAGGUGCCCGAUGAUAUCGUGAGCGAAUGCGAUGUUCUUCCCACUACACCAGCUCGUCUCCUCGUAGUGCUUUCUCAACUUGAUUUGAUUGGACGGCUCCAGUUCCGGUGGGAGCGUAGCUCGAAAGUUGACGGAAAAAGGGAUGGUGAACGUAUGUCGCUUGGGGAUGAGCAGGUGGAGUGCUCAGUGAGCGUUCGUGCGGCGUGGGCGCACAAAGAUAGCUCUCUCGCUUCCAAGGUAGUGUCUGAUCACCCCAAAAUGGCGCUUGAGAAGGCGUUGGAGAUUUUCAGCCCCUGUAGAGAAAUUUAUGAUUUUGUUGAAUCCGUUGAGCGCUGGGAGGUGGCGGCAAAACUCCACGGGCGUGAGAUACCGACGUUUCGCCCCUUUCUGAUGCUUGCGGUGGGUGAUUCGAUCAGAGCCCGUAUCCCCAAAGAUCCUGUGCGGCGGGCAGCCGCUCUGUUAGCAAGUAAGGUGACAACUAAGUCGGCCUUUCUUUCUGUCAGUAGGAGCUUUUUAGGUUUGCAUCUACAGCGCCCAGUGUGUGUUGUGCAUUCAAACAUUUUUGAGGGGGGUGCCAUGCAUUUGAGGCAGACUGCGGGUCACGGCCAGCCCCCUAGGGGGGUGCUGCUCCUUCACUUGAGUGACAUAGUUUAUAAUGCCAUUUCAAAUGUGGAUACAAAACGUGGGGCACUAUUUGUCAAAUCCGAAAUUUUAUACUGUGGCGAUGCUUCAUCUGUACGCAGCGAGUCAAUCAAAUCUCUUUGUCUAGAGACUGAGGAGCCUAAAACUUGCACAGAACCCCCUUCCACCAGUGCACUGCUAUUUGCCCGCCUUGCUGAGAAAAGUAUCACUUUCAACGUGCCAGCGGAAUCGCCGAGGGUCAGUUCGCCAACGUUGGCGAACAGGAUUUUAACGUUGAAACGUCCCACUCCAACAACAAACGCUACUGAGUUUCUCUGCGGGUUGCGCUCGCUCAGUCAUGGGAUGGGGAAUUUCGCAAGGGAGGCAUUCUUCAAAAAGUGGAUAGAAGACAUCCUCGCAUUAUUGAGAGCCAGAAACAACAGAAAUGGAAGUGACCGAAGUAAUAGUUGCAGAACGCCGACGGAAAAGGUAUUGAGCAUUACUCCUGACUGUGUAUACACCGACUUCUCUUUGAUUAUUGCAGGGAAACAAAAAAAAGAUAAUAGCCGUCCACCUGGUUUGCGGAGUUUAUCGAAGGAGUUAAUCAACGGUAUAGCAGAGGGUGGAUGCGAUCCAUUGUACAUCAAGAGCAAACAAGAAGGUACGAUUGUGGUUUAUUUUCAAUCCACAGUAAGUGACGAGAGGGACGUUACUGAAAUUUUUUUCAGCAGCCCGUUGCUGCUUUUGCGUUCUUCAUAUACCGUAGGAGAUAAUGAGGGCAAACAAACGGAGGAGGAGACAUCAGUUGCCAAUCAUCGCUCCGCGCUGUUUUUGCGUGUUGACAAAAGCAGCGACAGUUUUGCCGAGGGAGAUACCUUCAGGAGCUUGACGGUUGUUGAAUUGGACAGGGAGCAAAAGAAGGUCGCAGAGGCCUUGCGUAGCGACUGUAACACAGAAGUGACACUACGGUCGGUGGAAUUGUGUGUUGAUGAGUGGUGUUUGGAGGUGUUAGUUCCCCUCGAAAAAGUUGUUGAGGAAUACAUAUUUGCCCCAAUCAAGCAAUGCCUUUAUGGUCGUGGAAAUUCUGAGUCUCCAUUCCUGCUGCUUUCGGAAGCGGAUCAAGCAAAACUCGAGCAGUCUUUGAUGGAGCAACUGUUGUUAGCUGUCACUCCGGUGAAGAACGAAGCCCUUGAGUACCUGGGCGAUGCCGUUCUUGAUUUCGUUGUCGCCCAGGAAAAACUGAACAGCUGGACAGGGGGCCCCAUAGUUGAUGCUACGUGCAACGCAUCUCUCGCUAAGUGUCUUUUUCCGCAAUUGCGCAAUUACUUUGAAAUGAAAUUGGGGAUCUCCAACCAGAAACGACAAGCCGAUAUGGUGGAAGCCAUUUUUGGUGCUGUUGCCAUGGCGUUAUGGGUCAUUCCCCGCCGAAAAGUUUUGGAAUCAUCGACGGAUACAACGGUGACCGGAGGUGGAGGAGGCGAAACGCCGGCAGCUGGAGGACUCCUUCCCUUCGCGGCUCUUCUGUCGGUCACUAAGGCAUUGAUGGAUGCGUUGAAUAUUACCACUCAGUGA